AGAUGGCGCUGUUAGAUUUGGCUGUUGGCUGCUGCGGUCUGCUCUUGAUGUUGCACGUUGACUGUAAACAGCAGCCGAGGUUGAUUUUAGCAUUGUUUUCGAUAGUUUUUAUUUUUUAAUUUUAACAGGCAGUGUAUCCCGACUUAUUUUAAUGUUUCGCAAUCACAAAGUUGUGGAACUAGCUAACGUUAGCGUUAAGCUAACGGUACUGAGUGUUAGCUAGCAACGGCUAAUUUUAAGACAGCUGAAUGUUAUGAACACCAUGAUUAAGUGUUUGCCUAAAGACGUACGGGGGAAACUUCGCUCCGGUGUCGCUCUUCCCUCGCUUCAGCAGUGCAUAGAGGAGCUGAUCCUGAACAGCAUUGAUGCCGAGGCGACCUGUGUGGGGGCCAGGAUGGACAUGGAGGCGUUCAAAGUACAGGUAGUCGACAACGGCGCUGGGAUAAAUGCUGAGGACUUGGAGUGCGUGGGAAACAGAUACUACACAAGCAAAUGCAGCACCGUCGAAGACCUGGACAACCUCAGGUGGUAUGGCUUCAGGGGAGAAGCCCUGGCGAGUGUCGUCUCACUGGCCACACUAGUUGAAAUAUCAACCCGCACCAGAUCAUCUGUGAAAACUCACGUCAAAAUCUUCAAAGAUGGCAAGGGCAUGGAUGUGUUUGAGGCAGAGACUGCCCGACCGUCUUCAGGGACAACUGUUGUAAUUUGUAACUUCUUCCACAACAUGCCAGUCCGGAGGAAGAGGAUGGACGCUGUCCUGGAGGGUGAGCGGAUCAGACACAGAGUGGAGGCCAUUUCACUGGUGCAUCCCUCUGUGUCCUUCACCCUGAAGAAUGACUGCACAGGAGCCAUGAUGGUGCAGCUUCCUAAAGCCAGAAACACCUACCACAGGUUUGCUCAGAUGCACGGCCUCGGGCGAGCACAGAAACUUGGAGAAAUCCGCUGCACGCGUGGACUGUUUGAAGUGAUGGGUCACAUUGGCAGAGAAGGACACUACAAUAGCAGCUUACAGUUCCUGUAUGUAAACGACAGACUGCUCCUGAAAACACGGAUACACAAGCUCCUGAACUUUCUCCUUCGCAGACUGAGUGCUUCAAAUCCGAAGAAUGACAGUCCAGACGGGCAUUCUGCUCUCAGGAGUCCAAAGCACAAACGAAGCCACGAGCAGCACGGAGUAUACGUCAUCAAUAUCAAAUGCCCUUACUCGGAGUAUGACAUAUGUCUCGAGCCUGCCAAAACUCUAAUAGAGUUCAAAGAUUGGGAUGGAGUUUUGCUAUGUAUAGAGGAGGCAGUGAAAGCUUUCCUGAGCAAGGAGAACUUGGUGGCUGUGCUUUCUCACGAUGACUUGGACUACGUAGCUCCCGAAUUGUUUUGCACUCACAAUACAGACCAAGAGGGACAUAACACGGGCGACGGUGGCCAAGCAACUAGCGGAGCUUCCUCACUAGAUUGUACUUUUGCAAUGAAACUGGCAUCUGAUGCUGUCUAUCGAAAGCGCAAGGAUGACUGUGUAUAUGAGGACAAUGUUGGUCGGACGGAGUGCAAGGAAGAGACUGAAGAACAGGGGAAGCAAAAGAUAACUGCAAAUGAGUUGGAAAAUAUAAAUAGUGAAGAAGGUAUAAACAAAGAAUAUAGAUCUGAGCCACUGUGUGAUCUGGCUAGAUCUGAUAAUAACAUUACUGUGGGGGAGGAGCCAGCCUUUAGUGAAGCUGGGGAAGACACUCAAGUGUUAUGUGUUUUAAAUUCAGUCAGACAACUAGAAAGUGAAAAAGUGGAACCCUCAAAAGAAAAAGAGACGCUAUUAAACAUAACAGCCUCAACCAGCAGUGGGAUUCCAGUAGAUGGCGUCUGUCAACAAAUUCAACCCGAUUUAAACAGUAUUGAGCUAAUAUUACCUGACUGUCAGGGUGCAGGAGGACAAGAAAUUACUUUAAUAAGUAACGGAAGGAUCGGCCUGUCUGAUCCAUACAUUCAUGAAAGACUGCUGACUCAGGACCCGUCCCAAAUCAACAAGUCGGUAUUUCAGCGACAGGUUUUAGCGCCGAAAUGUGAAGAGAGAUCCUUUGCAUCAAAACGCAAAAUCUCACUGUAUGCAGGCCACGGCAGAACUAGUCAGGAACCAUCCAACGACAUAACUCCCUCAAAGUUUCACCGAAUUUCAACUUGUCAAAAGCUGUCUUUACGUAAGGAGUCUGGAUCCCUUGAGAAGUUCAGAAGAAUAUGUGGCCAAGCUGGUGAGCUGAAAUUGCCCUCUCAAGAGACUCAUCAAGUGAGUCAUACUAGACUUCCUCAGACAGACAGCUUUGUAUUGAAUUCCCAGAAUGUGUCUGUUUGCCAGAAAGACCAGCAAGAAAAAGAAGAGACACGGAGCAGCCUCCGAAGACCACAAACCCACUUGGCAUUCACCAAGUUAAAACCAGUCUCAGGGCAGAAUGAAGGCAAAAUAUCUUUGGCAGCAAAACUCGUCCAUUUGAAACGACACAGGACAGACGAUUCAAACGUAUCGCCACACUUGUCGAGGACGACCUCGCAGGACAAUACCCGUCUCCGUCGUGAGUCCCCGAAUCCUGAGCCGGUCCUGGGUUGCUGUGAAAGUCCUCUACUGGCUGAGAGGGAAGAGGACACAACAUCUGGGGACUGGCUUCAUCACUACGACACAUCUGUGGGGAAGACGGUUUAUGUCAACAAAGUGACGGGCCUCAGCCGAUAUGAACACCCGCCCACGGAAGAAACGCAGGCCUGCUGUACAUCUGACGUCACCAAUAUGGCAGUUAGUGUCGUCUCUGAAAUGGGGAUGGAAUACAGAUGUUACCCGUUUCAGGUGGAUCUAGUGUUGCCCUUCCUCCCUAAAUCCAGGACAGAACGAGUGAUUAGUUCAGUGCUUGAUGGCAGUGGUACCCGGCAGACAGAUCAGACUGUAGAUGAUGUUGAGAGGUCGGACUCACUGAAGUCGUUGUACUCAAAAUGGAAUAAUCCCGUGUUUGUCUGCCCUCCUACGGUGGGUGUGGACAUAUCGAGUGGGCAAGCCGACGGACUGGCUGUCAAGAUCCACAACAUCCUGUUUCCUUACCGUUUCUCUAAAGCCAUGAUUCACUCAAUGAAGGUUAUUCAUCAGGUGGAUAAGAAGUUUCUUGCAUGUCUCAUCAACACAAGAGAUGAGGAGUCUGCAGCACUCGGUGAAACUGAAGGAAACCUUCUGGUGCUGGUAGAUCAACACGCUGCACACGAGAGAGUUCGACUUGAAAAUCUACUUGCAGAUUCUUAUGAGGAGGACCCAGAGGCACCCGGGGAGAGACGUCUGUGUUCAUCAACCAUUUUGCCACCUCUCGAGAUCAGCGUAACAGAGGAAGAGCAGCGGCUGCUGAGGUCUUGUGGAGCACAUUUGCGGAGUUUGGGCCUGGAAGUGAAGUUCUCCCAGGCAGCGACUCCACAAGCUUUCGUGGGAAAGGUGCCGCUGUGCUUCAUGGAAAAGGAGAGUAAUGAGCUCAGGCGCGGGAGACGAUCUGUUAUCAAGCCUAUUGUUAAGGAGUAUCUUCAAGAGCAGAUUGAGUUACUCCGCUCCACUGGUAGAGUAAGAGGAACUCUGCCUCUCACUGUGCUGAAGGUGCUGGCCUCGCUAGCAUGCCAUGGUGCCAUCAAAUUCAACGACAGCCUGAGUAGAGAGGAAUGCUGCAGCUUGGUGGCAUCCUUGUCCUCCUGUCAGUUGCCCUUCCAGUGUGCCCAUGGCCGGCCAUCCAUUGCUCCCUUAGUAGACACCCUCCAUUUGGACAAAGACGAGAAGGAAUUACAGAAACCCAACCUCCAAAAGCUGAGAGGAAUGUAUAAAGCGUGGGAACUAUAUGGAAAUGGAUAAGUGGGUAGCUGAAGUCAUCUGCAAUGGACUGUGAGAGGUGCUCAAGAUGCAUUAGCUUCGCCUCAAGGGGGGUCAGUUUCUCCAAAUUUUCAAUCUGACGAAGAGGUUGCAAGAGUAAUUUUUGUCAUGUUGCGCCAUCAUACAUUGAAUUAUCAGUAGUAGUUUGGAUUAAUAGUAAUGGUACUGAUGCUAUGUGAUGUAAUAGUAUAACACGGCCCCUCACCUCUGUGUUGUUCUCGGCUUCCACACCAUGCUUCAGGUUCAGUAUGACCAGUUGGUCUGGGACCCUGCCAGUGCCUAAUGAUGAGCAAUAACACACUUAUUUAGUUAUUUGACAGAAAAUAAUUUGGAUUAAGCGUGACUUUACACCCCAAUUGUGCAUGUUUUUGUUUGUCCAAUUGAGUUGGAAUAUUACCUCUAUCACUAAUAAUUAAUUGAGAAAAGAUUGUACCUCACUCACCCAUUGGAGAUAUGCUGUUGAAGCGAACGCCAAACUGGUCGUAACUUUCUGUUAUGAAUGAAAAUUCUCCUUGGUGUACAACAUGUCCCCCAAAGAAUCAUUGAUCUGAGGAGAAUAACAUUUGUUUAAAUGCCCCUAUACUUUUUUUGAUUAUUCACAUUACACAUUUUGUUUUGGUGAAAAAAAUAUUUGACAGAAUAUCAAAACAAUUUACAAGAAUAUUCAUUGCAGGAUUCAUUUUUAGUGUAUUUUUAAUCUUUCAUUUUCUUUUUUUAAUAAAAACGUAGAAAACAACUUGUUUGAUUUAAGAAACCGCCAAGAUGAACAUUACAGCUGCCGUGCGGGUACCUUCAAAUUAGUCCUGGUUUUUGGAUCUUCGUCCACUUCGUAAUCGCCUAAAACGAGCACGUCUUUGUGGAUGUUUUCUUGCAGACAUUUCAUAGAGUUGACCGGCAGGUAGAAUGUAAUAGAAAGCACCGGGUCCAAAAGGACCGGGAUCAGCAGGAAAACGCCAAGUUUAGACAUGCUGCCAAACCCCUUAUUGUGAU